AAAGUUUUUGUUGGCCGCUUGAGAAAAUGGCGUUGUGCUGUGCUCUUUCCAACGAAGUACCGGAGCACCCGGUGGUCUCUCCCUCAUCAGGCGCUAUAUUUGAACGACGGAUCAUAGAGAAAUACAUACAAGAAAAUGGGGUCGACCCGAUCAGUGGCAAAGAACUCUCUGCCGACGAAUUAAUCGAAAUUAAAACUCCACCAAUUGUCAGACCAAAACCACCAAGUGCCACAAGCAUCCCAGCCACACUAAAACUGCUGCAAGAUGAAUGGGAUGCUGUUAUGUUAUACAGUUUCACACAGAGACAACAGUUACAAACUGCUAGGCAGGAACUCAGCCAUGCUUUGUACCAACAUGAUGCUGCAUGCAGAGUCAUUGCCCGAUUGAACAAGGAAGUAACAGCUGCCAGAGAGGCCUUGGCAACACUCAAGCCGCAAGCUGGAAUCAGCACAGUGCCACAACCAGCUGUUGCUGCUGAAGCUGGUGGUGUGGCUAAUCAACCUACAGAACAGGCCGGAAUGAGCCCAGAGGUUAUACAAAAGUUGCAAGACAAGGCUGCAGUUUUGACACAGGAAAGAAAGAAGAGGGGAAGAACAGUUCCAGAAGAACUUACCACACAUGAGCAAUUGAGGAACUUUAAAACACUAGCUUCUCUUAUUGGUUUGCAUUCUGCCAGUAUUCCUGGUAUUUUAGCCCUAGAUGUCCAUUAUUCAGACAGUAGUAAAGUAUUGACAGGUGGUAAUGACAAAAAUGCAACAGUUUUCAACAAGGACACAGAACAGGUUGUAACUAUUCUUAAGGGACACACCAAGAAGGUUACAAAAGUAAUCUACCAUCCAGAAGAGGACAUAGUAUUAACGGCAAGUCCAGAUUCCACAAUAAGAGUAUGGAAUGUGCCAACAUCACAGACCACCUUGUUAUUAAAAGCUCAUGAUGGACCAGUAACGGGUUUGUCUUUACACCCUACAGGCGAUUUUGUACUGUCUACAUCUGAGGAUCAACACUGGGCCUUCUCAGACAUAAGGACAGGCAGAUUAUUGACAAAAGUCACAGACAAUACAAAUGUACCAUUGACUACAGCCCAGUUGCAUCCUGACGGACUUAUUUUCGGUACCGGAACCGGCGAUUCACAGGUGAAAAUCUGGGAUUUAAAGGAACAGAGCAACGUGGCGAACUUUACAGGACAUUCCGGUGCCAUUACGACAAUUUCCUUUUCGGAGAACGGUUAUUAUUUGGCCACAGCCGCCGACGAUGCGUGCGUGAAGCUAUGGGACUUGAGGAAGUUGAGGAACUUCAAGACUUUACAAUUGGAUGAAGGAUACCAGAUUAAAGAUCUCUGCUUUGAUCAGAGUGGUACAUAUUUGGCUGUUGCCGGCACAGACGUCAGGGUGUACUUGUGUAAACAGUGGCAGGAAUUGAAGGUGUUCAAUGAUCACACAGCAGCAGCAACAGGUGUGAGAUUUGGCAAACAUGCCAGAUUUAUUGCAUCCACUUCUUUAGAUAGGACGUUAAAACUGUAUGGUUUAGAAUAAUAGGCUUUGUAAAUGUUUCAUUUUCUUGUGUAAGAAAAAAACAAUUGAUGAAAAAAAGUAGUUUAAGGUUAUCAAUUUUCUUGGAUAUAAUUUUAUUUGUGUAAUGUGAAUUUUUAUUAUAAAUAAAUCAUUUUAUAUGAAUGAA